AUGCUAUCGGUAUCCAUUCUUUCCAGAACUCCAAGUUCCAGGCUCGCAAGCUGCUUUAUUCCUGUGUUCAAUUUCCGCAACUCGGUAUGUCAUUACAGUUCCGAUGUUCGGCUCAGAAUACCACCAAUCAAGCGUGUGGGCGAAACUUUGGAACGCAAAAAAGCCCGGUUGGUAUACCAAUCCCGUAAAAGAGGUAUUUUGGAAACGGAUUUGCUACUCUCGCGUUUUGCAGCGAAAUAUCUGGACUCCAUGACUGCUGAAGAGCUUGAAGAGUACGACUCAUUGCUUGACGAGCUUGAUUGGGACAUUUACUACUGGGCAACCAAAAAAUACGACGUAACCCCGCUACCUGAAAAGUUUCAGGAUUCAAAGCUGCUGAAGAAAUUGCAGGAUUUCAGCGAAAACAGGGAAAAGGUUGUGAUGAGGAUGCCGGACUUAAGCAGCAGGUAG